GGUAACAAUAGAAUAACUGUCAAAUAAUACAUUCUACACUACUUUUCAUUUAAUUUUUUGCCAUAAAAUGGCUCAAGCAGUGAAAACUCUUCGACAGGUUAAACCGAUCCUGUCCACAGAUAAAAAUGGAGCCAGAAGUCGUGUAAUUACUUUGUACAAAGCCUGGUAUCGUCAAAUUCCUUCCGUUGUUUUUGAUUACGAUAUCCCAAAAACGGUACCAGAAUGUCGAGCAAAACUUCGUGAACUCUUCGAGAAGAAUAAAAAUGUAGAAGAUAUUCGAGUAAUUGAUUUACUUGUUAUUAAGGGUCAAAUGGAAUUACAAGAAACAGAAAGAAUUUGGAAACAAAAAGGUCAUAUUAUGACUUACUUUAAAGAAAGUCAAGAACCUCCACCAACUGAUUUCUUAAGUAAAUUCUUCCAAGGGUCAUAGAUAAUUGUAUAUAAUUUUCAAAUUUUAAGUGUUUAUAGUUAAAAUAAAUUAGAACGUUGGU